AUGCACCGUUUGCUUCUUCUACUCACACUAUGGCUUUUAGGCUGUCAAGCCACCCUAACAAGUGGGUGCUUCGAGAUCGAAAGGAGCGCGCUCCUCGCCUUCAAAGCCGAUGUUAUCGACACGGAGGAGAGCUUGUCUUCAUGGGCAGGUCAGGAUUGUUGUAUUGGUUGGAGGGGAGUAGUCUGCAACAGCAACACCGGGCACGUCGUGAAGCUCAGCCUGCGAAAUUCAUGGCUGUACGAUCCGCUCGGUGAGGUUAGUCCUUCCUUGGCUGUUUUACAUCAUUUAGUUCACCUCGAUCUUAGCUCGAACGUUUUCUCUGGAAGCACCGUCCCGGAAUUCGUCGGUUCAUUUAAAAAUUUGACGCAUCUCGAUCUCUCCUANAAUUCUGGCUUUGGCGGCAGAGUACCUCAGCAACUUGGAAAUCUCUUCAACCUUCGCUUUCUCGAUCUCUCCGGGUCAUUCUUCAUAGGUGUAGCACCUCCUUGGCUAGGCAAUCUCACUCGUCUCCACGCUCUUGGCUUAGAAAACGCUUUUCCAAGUGGCCCCAGCACUCGCGACCUUUCGUGGCUUUCUCAUUUAUCUUCUCUCCGAUACCUCGCCAUGAGCUAUAUGGAUCUGUCUAGUGCUGCUGAUUGGUUGCAAGAAGUUAAUAAGCUGAAGUACAUUACAGAGUUGUCUUUGGAAGAUUGUAGUCUAAGCAGCAUUCCAAACUCUCUGUCUUAUGUCAACUUUACAUCUCUGAGAAUCCUUAAACUCAGAGAAAAUGGCCCCUUCAAUGUCGCCUUACCGACAUGGUUGUGGAACCUUACCAACCUUUCCUAUCUUGAUCUAGAAAACGGUGGAUUUUAUGGAAAGAUCCCCGACGCACUCGGAAACUUGACUUCUCUUAGCAGCUUGUACCUAGGAGAAAAUUAUUUUGACGGUACCGUACCUGAAUCGCUUGGAAACUUGUGUAAUUUACAAGUUGUAGACCUGAACUCUCUUAGCAUGGACGGAGAUAUUGCAGAGGUGGUAGGGACGCUGCGCUGCUCGUGGAAGAGCCUCGACAUGUUGGAUUUGGGCAAUAACGAGCUUCACGGGAAUUUAACCGGCUGGCUAGAGCAGCUGGAGAAUGUGCGCUACGUUGAUCUAAGUAACAACUCACUAGUUGGACCUAUUCCUUUUGGAAUUCGGAACCUUUCGAACUUAGUUUGGUUGGACCUUUCUUUUAACUCCUUGCACGGUGUCGUAUCCGAAGCUCAUCUCGCUAGCCUAUCAAGUUUAGUGGGAAUUUUACUCUCCUCCAAUUCUCUAAUCGUCAACGUGGGUGACAACUGGGUCCCUCCAUUUCAGCUUCUGGUUCUUAAUUUAGGUUCCUGUAAACUGGUUGGCUCGCAGUUUCCGGCAUGGCUCCGGGGGCAGACGCUACUUUUCUAUUUGGAUUUAUCGAACACAAGCAUCGCGGGCACCGUGCCUGAAUGGUUGUGGAAUUUGUCACUAGUUACGAUAGAUCUCUCUUAUAAUCAACUUGUAGGCCAAUUGCCAGUAUUUUUGCAAUUCAAAGAUCUAGAGAUUCUUGUUUUGAAGUCCAACAGAUUCGAAGGUCUGAUACCAUCUCUGCCAAAGAGUCUGCACAUGUUAGACCUCUCUGAAAAUUCUCUUUCCGGACCGCUUCCACUAUCCUUGAAUAUUUCACAGUUAGGCUUUUUAUUUUUGUCAAGCAAUAAGUUUAAUGGCAGUAUCCCAUCAUACAUGUGUGAAUUGGAUUCUCUAAAAAUUCUGAAUACAUCGAACAACUCUUUAUCCGGAGAACUACCUCGGUGUUGGCAAAAUUCGUCCCUCCAAAUUUUGGAUCUGUCAAACAAUAACCUUACCGGAAAAAUUCCAGCAUCCAUUGGCUUGUUGAGCUCGCUUAAAUCGUUACAUCUCAACGAUAAUCGCUUCCACGGGCAACUCCCUGCGAAUUUGCAGCACUGCAAGCAUCUGACUUUUGUUGAUCUUAGCAGAAAUAAAUUGUCAGGAAAAAUUCCAACAUGGAUGGGUGAGAACCUGCAGAAUCUAGUAGUUCUGCAGUUGCGAUCAAAUAUGUUUUCCGGCGACAUUCCAGAAGUGUUGGCACAACUGCCAUACCUCCAUGUCUUGGAUCUUGCGGCUAACAAUCUGUCGGGACCGGUACCACAUUCUUUUGGUAAUUUUAGUGCUAUGAUUCAUCCAUCGGCAAACAAUUAUAAUCCAGACGAAUAUAAGAUUAACCUAAUCUCGGAUAUUUUAUUCAACUUUAUGGAUAAUUUACUUCUUGUAAUGAAAAGGAAUGAAUUUCGGUACUCUACCAUCCUCUAUCUUGUCAAGACUAUCGAUAUCUCAGGAAACAAUUUGAGUGGGCAAAUCCCAGAAGAAAUAGUCGCACUUCGCAUGUUGCAGAGUUUGAACUUAUCAAGAAACCAUUUGACGGGAUGGAUACCGAAAAACAUAGGCGACAUGCUUAACUUGGAAUCUCUUGACCUCUCGCUGAAUGAGCUUUCAGGCGCUAUUCCGCAAAGCUUAUCGGAUUUGACCUUCUUGAGCAGCUUGAAUCUAUCUUACAACAACUUAUCUGGGUGGAUUCCAACUGGGAGUCAAUUGGACCGACUUAACGAUCCGUCAAUAUACAUUGGCAAUUAUUAUCUUUGUGGACCUCCUACCAAAAACAACUGUUCCAAAGAUGAUACAAACCCUUAUCCUCAAAGAGACGACAACAACGGAACUCAUGAGACAAUAUGGUUAUAUCUUGGAAUGGGAACAGGAUUUGCGACAGGAUUAUGGGGUGUGUACAUUGCUUUCUUAUUCCGAAGAUCGUGGAGGAUUGCUUAUUUUCAGAUGACUGAUAAAUUAUUCGAUGACAUAUACGUGAUGGUAGUAUUAAGUUGGAGGAGGCUGAAAGGAAAAAUUGCUGGACAAAAGCCACUUUCUUGAAGGAGUAAGCUAAUGGCACCUAAGGUAUUUAUGUUAUCUUACUGCUUUCUUAUUUCCUGCUUAUUUUGUGUGUGUUUCUUGUUUUAAUUCUGCAUGAAAUUUGUCACCACAGCUGCACCACAUGUAUCUUGUAAUAA